AUGGCACGAUCUUCAAUGGAUGAGGUGUCAGACUCUGGUGCUUUUGUGAGAUCUGCUUCCACUUUCAGAAAUUGGAUUUCAAGGGACCCGAAUUCGCAAUUUCCACCGGAAUCAGGGAGGUAUCAUCUCUAUGUAUCAUAUGCUUGCCCUUGGGCUUCCAGGUGCCUUGCUUACUUGAAUAUUAAAGGACUUGACAAAGCCAUCAGUUUCUCGUCAGUCAAACCCAUCUUUGAAAGAACUAAAGAAUCAGAUGAGUAUAAGGGGUGGAUUUUUCCUGAUUCAGAAAGUGAGGUCCCUGGAGCUGAACCUGAUAGGUUGAAUGGAGCAAGGAGUAUUAGGGAGCUUUAUGAAAUUGCAAGUUCAGACUACACUGCAAAGUACACAGUUCCUGUGUUGUGGGAUAAGAAACUCAAGACAAUUGUUAACAACGAGAGCUCAGAGAUAAUCCGCAUGUUUAAUACUGAAUUCAACAAUGUUGCAGAAAACCCCUCCUUGGACUUGUAUCCCGCUGAUUUAAAAGCCCUAAUUGAUGAUACCAAUGAGUGGGUAUACGAUAGUAUCAAUAAUGGUGUUUAUAAGUGUGGUUUUGCCAAGCAGCAAGAACCAUACAAUGAGGCUGCAAGACAAUUGUAUGGUGCUUUGGACAAAUGUGAAAAUAUUCUAAGCAAGCAACGCUAUAUAUGUGGCAACACCCUAACUGAGGCAGACAUUCGUUUGUUUGUUACUCUUAUUAGAUUUGAUGAGGUUUAUGCAGUUCACUUCAAGUGCAACAAGAAGCUGCUGCGUGAAUACCCAAAUCUUUUCAAUUACACUAAAGACAUUUUCCAAAUUCCUGGCAUUAGUUCCACAGUCAACAUGGAACAUAUAAAGUUGCAUUACUAUGGAAGCCAUCCUUCUAUCAAUCCAUUGGGUAUUGUUCCAGUGGGGCCAAAUAUUGAUUAUUAUGCUCCUCAUGACAGAGAAAGGUUUUCUACAUAG